GCAAAACAAAUCUAGCGACAACUUCGCACAAGUGGACAUUAGUGAAAAAUAUAAUCACCGGAGGAACAAUAAUCGCUAAACAGUUGAAUAAGUCCGGUGGGCAUCUUUGGAAAAUAGCAAUUCCUACCACCCUGGUGCCUUGACACUCAAGUUUCAGCUUCACCUUUUUUGCUCGCAAUUGGGGAGUGGGGCAAUUUUGAGAGCAGCAUCCACCGCGAGAUGACGCCCGCACACCUUUCUCGUGGCUUUCCUCACAGCGGCAGGCCCCUGCCAGCGGAUAACGCUGCUUUGUCACAAAAGAAGGAGCAAAAAGAGAUGACCGCUAGUGUGCCUUUUACUCUUGCUGGUGUUUGCCGGUUGCGCAUGCGAAGAGCAAAUGAGUCUCUUCGAGAUGAUUGGGCGGCUGAAGCUCCGUGAAGCAUUCAACUUCUCAUUCUGAGCUUUGCUGCUUCAUUACGGAAAUCCGGGAGAGAAAAGAGGUCCAAGCAACAAAAGUCACUCCAGUGAAAUAUUCAUUCACGUUUAUCUUCCCGCAAUAAAAGUCCAAAGAAAUAUUAAUUUAUUAUUUGCACAAGACUGUGUUGAUUACAGCGCCUUGAAAUGGAUCGAUGCAUGUUUGACAUGAACAUCUGUCUUGCAAUGGAAAGUAACAACAGGGCAGGGAUGUAUUCAUCGCUUUCGAGAAAAUAAAAACUUAUAGAAAUGAAAUGUUAUGGCUGUGAUGUUGCUCAAUCACAGUCAUUUGAUUGAUGUCAGAAAUGUGCGCAGUCGAGGAGACUGUACGUUGGUGUGUAGAAGGGAAAAAAAUUAAAUCGUCUAGUCAUGUUUCACAUCUCUCGGUGGCGGACGGUGUCUGCUUUCAUAAAAAGGUCGAGCACAUGCACGUGUGAGGAAACAGGAUCCAUGUGGAGCAAAGACGAGGGAAGACGGCUUGUUAUAUUAUGUCCCAGUUCUUUCUCUUGAAUGCUCACUAUGCUAAUCAUACUGACCAGGAGGCUGGCUUCUCAGUGGAACUAUUGAAUGUAUUCCAGAAAGAUGGAGACAGCUGUGGAGCCUUCUCUGCGAGAUUGCGCUUCGGCGUACGACGAGACACCAGCUCACCGGGGAAGGACGGCACCCGCCGCUUCCUGCAGCUACGCGCCACCGCCCAACUACUCGAUGGACCUCCGUGACCACGACGACCUCAUCAAGCCCAGCAAACUCCUCAAUCCCGUCAAGUGUUCCCGGAGUCACCAGGAGCUCCACAGAGAACUGAUGACCUGCUGUAAACGAAGCAGCGGGGGCGUGCGCGUCGAGAGCAACAAGCCAGAACUUGAGCGAGUCCUUGAGUGCCGGCGGCGUGAUCGACUGCUGAGGGAACGGAAACUGGAAGAGGAAGCCCGCAGGAAAAUUUCGCCCCUGGAAGCCGAGCUCAGGAAGAGGCACCAAGCGCUGGAAGAGAUGGAGCUGGAGCAGCAAAAGGGCGAGCGGGACAAGCUGAUGGCUCCCGAAUUUGUCAAAGUCAAAGAGAACCUGAGGAGGACGUCGUGUGCUGGCAAAGAGGAGAAGCAAGUCUAGCGUCAGGUCCCCUCACGGGCUCUUGUCGCUCCUGAUGCUGCUGAAGGACACGUAGUGGCAGGUGAAGGAAGGUGGCAGGAGGUUGUGACGUUCCACAAAGACAUCCCUCGGUUUCGGAAAUUGCCGGCAGUAACUGGGCAGUUGGAUGCUCAGCCGGCCGACCUCAUGCGCCGCCAACAUCAGGGCAAAUGUAGUCUGACGGACUGACCCGUUGGCACCUGUCGAGUUUCCAAACUGUUGCUCCAGUGUGAAUAGUUUGGUUUGUUUGAAAAUCUCAGUCGGGUUGGUAAUCUCUGAGUUCAAAUGGACUCAAUCAAGUACAAGAAAUAGAUCUUAUUUCGAGUAUUGAUAGUAUCCCGCCUGCUUUCGCCUGCUGUCAUUUUGAAUACACUUCAACAGGUCACAAGCAUGUCUGAAGAGUCAAGGACGAAUGGCACUGUUUUCAAGCCUCACUUCCAUUCGCCUCCCCUGCCAUCAUGAAAAGGGGAAAAACAAAUUAAAUUGUUUUUAUUAUAAAGUAAUUUUCCUUUUUGCUGAAUUUUUAUAGUUAUGUUAAAAUCGAAGAUGAGUCGCUCGGAGGAGGCAAAUACCUGCCUUGCCUCCGGUGAGGAUUGCGUAAUCACACGGCUGCCUAUGCUGACAACGGGACUUCGGAGCAUGUCUUUUCAAAUGGAGUGGUACGCACGAUCGAAAACAAGUUUUUGAUUCCUUGAUGCGCUUAAUUGAGUGUUUUUAUGUGUGAAGACUGCUGAUAUGAGAUUUUAAUUAAAAUACCGUUUUUUUCCGUGUAUAAUGCGCAAAAUUUAACUAAUUUAUUGUCCUAAAAUCUGGGGUGCGCAUUAUACAUGGGUACAAUUUUUUUUUUAUUUUAUUUUAUUUUUUUAAGAAAAUCAUGGUACAACAAAACCAACUGACUGACCGACAAAGUCGUGGAACAAAAAGACAGGGUGACAUUACCAAAGACAGGAACAGAAACCAAACAGACAUCAUGACAGUAACACAUGCAAUGAUCCGACGGUGAGCGAGGGGCAGACAGGACUUAAAUACAAAACACGUUACAUUGAUUGAGGUGACACAGGAAGAGAGGGGCGACGCGAACAGAAACUAUGGCAACCUAGACACAUAGCAAAACUGGGGAU